AUGCCAUCAUUCGAAUUCAGCAUCCAGACCCACCACCAUCACCAAGAUGGCCACAUCCUACAUGUCAAGGAGCAGGAAAAAGGACAGUUCAGCGAUGACAACGCCUCCAAUGUCAGUAUCCCUCACCAAUACAAGUCCAGAGGCAGAGCUUGCCAACUGCAUCUUCAUCUACACUGUCCUGGAACGACAUCUCAUCUGUCAGAUGACCUCGAUUGUCUCCCAAAGCUUAGCCGUUCACGCGUAGCUUCUCAACGGACGACCAACCAGCGCACUGAGCGCAGCUUCUCCAAAGGCUUGCGUGCAGAGCGCGCUCGAUCGAUGGCAGGUCUUCGCUCCUCGAGAGCCAGCUCUAGAAGGACUGGCCGCGGCUGCCUGCUCGAUCAUGUUCCCGACAAUCUUACCUACAGCAUGGGCCGCUUCAUGGACGAGGCUGUACCUUUGUUCCAGGUUGCUCAAGGACCGGAUGAUCUAGCGACAAAGACGACAUGCCGCACCAAUAGCAUCUUUGGUCACAGAACCACAUCGCAAGGCUACAGAACAUCGACCCAGGAAGAGAACAGUGCUGGCGACAUUCUUUUGGAGGCCGGUUCCUGGACAAACGAGUCAUAUCUCUCUGCCUCAGACCUCAAGGAGAAGGGAACUGAGGAUUUCGGAACCCUUCACGGCUCUUGA